GGUAUCUAUCCAGCUGUCGACCCAUUGGAUUCUUCAUCACGUAUGAUGGACCCAAAUAUUGUUGGUGAAAAACAUUAUACAGUUACAAAUCACUCCAAGAUAUCAUUGCUAUUUUGGGUAUGGAUGAAUUGUCUGAAGAUGAUAAACUUACUGUUGCCAGAGCUAGAAAAGUAUAAAGAUUCCUUUCUUAACCAUUCUUCAUGUCUGAAGUCUUCUCAGGAAGAAAGGGUAAAUUCGUUUCACUUAAUGACACUAUUUCUGGAUUCAGAGCAUUACUUGAUGGUGAAGGUGAUGAAUACCCAGAAAAUGCAUUCUAUAUGUAAGGUACAUUUGAGGAUGUCAUUGAAGAAGCUAAAAGAGUUGCAGCUGAAACAACAAAAUGAAAUAUAAUUUAAUAAAAUAUAGCAUAUAAAAUAAGAAAUUUAAUAUAAACAAUAAUUUGGAAAAUCCAUUUCUUUUAGUUUGUUUGUUUAAUAUGAUUAUUUUGAAUUUGUAUUUUUUCAAGAAAACCAAAUAACACUCCAGAAGUGA